UCCGGAGCUGCGGCAGUGACGGAGGAGGGUUUUUAGAGGCCGGAGCUGCGGCAUUGAUUGCCAGUACUUCAGGUGGCAACUAAAGCGUUUGGCUUUACCACCUUGUGAAAUUUUCGAGAGCGAGUAAAUGCUGGUGCUCACUGCUGAUACUCGAACUGAAGCUGUGACGGUUCUGUCCUGACUGGGAGAUGGUGCAAUCCUGAGGAGGACUUGGUCCGGGCUAAAACUGGAACUGGGAGCAAAGGCUGGGGCCGGGCUGAAUGAGGAUAAAUAUUUGAGUGACAGAGAAUGGAGCAACAAGCAGAUGAGCUGGUUACGCUAGAGAUUGAUGAACAGAUGUCAAAUUGUGACCAUGAGAAAGUAAAUCUGUCGAUGAUUGAUGGUGUCAAAAGUGAUGAAGUUGUUAAUGGCAUCACAGAUGAGGAAACUUAUGCACAAAAUGGCACAUGUCUUGAGUCAGAGAUGUAUUCAGCAACCAAGACACUAACAUUAAAAGAAGAUAUAAAUUCAGAACAUAGCGAUGGAUUUGCUGAAACACAAGUGAAUGUAAAGAUUGAACAGUAUAUGAAUAACUUGACAGAUCCUGGUGGAAGUGGAGAACCAUGUGCUCUAACAUCUUUCAGUAGUAAUAUGGGAAUAGGAACAGAAUGUAAAGAAAAAGUGAUUGAUUGUGGAGAAUUUGUUACAUCAGUCAGUGAUCAAACAUUUAAUCCCAUAUCAGAGAAGUCGACACAGGCAGAGACUACUGAUUGGCGCAAAUGCGUAUCUCACCCUUCACAGAAGAUUGAUUCAGCAAGUCCUUUUGAUACCAAGAUAACUAAGGAUCUAAUAUCCAGGAUGGAAUUUGAAUCUUCUCAAGAUGCUUUGCUGGAUGAGCUAGAAUCAGAAUAUAGUAAUUUUUCAACUGAUCCGUCAGUGACUACCAGUUUACCUAAUGGAAUUACAAAAGAAAGAAGCGCUGUAGUCAUAUUCAGUGAAUCUCUGCAAAAUAAAUGUCUUCAUCAAGCAAGCAAAAUAAAGAAAUUAACAGAAGAAAACAGAAAACAUCAGGAAAUGAUUGUGGAGAUAUGUGCAGAAAAAGACAACUUGAAGGAUGAACUGAAAAAGCGUUCGGUAACAGAAAAGCAACAUAUCAACACAAUAAAACUAAUGGAAGCCAAAGUUGAAAGCCUAAUGGAGGAAAUAAAAACGGCGAAGGAAAGGCUGAUUUCUCAGGAUGCUGCGGCCAAAAACGCCAUUCAACAAUUGCAAAGAAAUCUGACUUUUCAGAUAGAGCAAACUAAUAGAAAAUGUGAAGAGGCUCGACAAGAAAAAGAAGCCAUGGUAAUGAAAUACGUUCGUGGAGAAAAAGAGGCACUUGAUCUUCGAAAAGAGAAGGAAGGGAUUGAAAAGAAGUUACGUGAUACAAACCGAGAGCUGGAGAAACUGACAAUGAAGACCAAGCAGCUCACACAAGAGAAGACAAGAUUGCAACAGCUAUACGAGGCAAAGGAAGGGGAAGCCACAAGGCUCAACAGAGAGGUUGAAAAACUGAAGGAAGACAUUAAUUCCAACAUCAUCAAGGUGAAAUGGGCCCAAAACAAGUUAAAAAGCGAAAUGGAUACACACAAGGAAACUCGAGAAAAACUGAAGGAAACAACGGUCAGGUUAACUCAGGCUAAAGAAGAGACAGAACAAAUUCGGAGAAACUGUCAAGACAUGAUCAAAACCUAUCAGGAAUCUGAAGAAAUUAAGUCCAAUGAGUUAGAUGCCAAACUUCGAGAGACCAAAGGAGAACUGGAAAAACGUUUGCAGGAAAAAUCUGAUGAAAUGGAGAUCCACCUUGCUCAAAUAAAAGAACUUGAUGAUCUGAAGAAAACUUUUAAGGAAGGGAUGGAUGAGUUGCAUACUUUGAGAACAAAGGUGCAAUGUCUUGAAGAUGAGCGACUGAGGACAGAAGAUGAACUGUCAAAGUAUAAAGAAAUAAUCAACCGACAAAAAGCAGAAUGCCAAUCUUUGCAUGAGCGUGUCAAGUUGGUAAACCAGUUGCAGGAACAACUUGAAGGAAAUGAACAAGAGAUUCAGUCACUGAAGGAAGAGGUUGACAACCUGAAUUCGCUCAUUACAGAUUUGCAAGAGGAUAUUGAAGGGAGUCGUAGAAAAGAAUCUGAGUUGCUUGUAUUCACAGAAAAAUUGACAAGCAAAAAUGCACAACUUCAGUCUGAAAACAAUACACUACAGACACAACUUGACAGACUAAGCAUUCGUGAACGGCAACUGAGUGGGCAGCUUGAAGAGCUAGGACAGACCAAUGUUGAGCUGGUGGACAGAUUGCAGAAAGAACAGCAACUACGGCAAGAAGAUGUGAAAACUCUGCAAAAUGAGGUGAUCGGUGAACAAAAGGAAGUGAGUAGGCUGAAUUUACAAGUGGAGGAGCUGAAAGAUGAGCUUGCCACACAGAAACGAAAGAAAGCAACAAAUAUUAAAGACCUCACGAAACAGCUUCAGCAAGUACGCCGACGAUUGGAACAAGUGGAAAAUGGAAACUGUGACAGCAAAGAGGCGAGCAGCAUGGGAAGUCGUUCAAGUUCAUCAGGUAAACAAAAAAAUGUCACAAAGAAGUAUAAUAAAUUGUCGCAUGAAACUGGUUCUCUAGAUGCUCGAUACAGUAAAGAGGAGAGGUCUCCGGAGAAUAGUGGCUGUUCUGUGCAGGCAGAUAACUUUCCAGAGGUGGACAAGGCUAUACUAAUAGAACGAAUUGUGCGACUGCAGAAAGCUCAUGCACGUAAAAAUGAAAAGAUUGAGUUCAUGGAGGAUCAUAUCAAACAAUUGGUGGAUGAAAUACGAAAGAAAACGAGAAUCAUUCAGAGUUAUAUUCUGAGGGAAGAAUCUGGUGCAUUGUCCUCAGAAGCAUCUGAUUUCAAUAAAGCCCAAUUGAGCAGACGUGGGGGAAUCAUGGCUUCACUUUACACUUCACAUCCAGUAGACAGUGGUCUAACAUUGGAGCUCUCUUUGGAAAUAAACAGGAAGUUGCAAGCUGUACUGGAAGACACGCUGUUAAAGAAUAUAACACUCAAGGAAAACUUGCAGACUCUGGGUACAGAAAUAGAACGUCUGAUCAGGUGCCAGCAUGAAUUGAAACAGCAACUAAAGAACUGAAUUGGCACAGUUCUCUGUUUAAGCAACUCCAUUGUGAAUUCAAGGGAACAGGUGUUGGACAGAUCGAGAUCGUACAUCACUCAUGACUCAGACAAGUAUAUAUUAUUUGCCUUCACGAGAUAAUGUUGCUACUAAAAUACAGGUUUGGAAUAUUCAUUAUGCUGCAUUGAACUGACUUUUGUGAAACAACUUUCAGAAGCAAGUUUGAUGUUAACACUCCAAGAUACCAUGUAACUGUAAUCUGCUACAAAAGUAAUGAAUGAAGACUGCUACAAUCAGCUCAGAGUAACAACUAUUGGAUGUUGAUCAUUCUUCUAUGCUAUUUGUUGUUCUUAAAAAAGCAAUGAAUACCAUGUCUCCCUAGAUGAGAAUGUUUAAUCACGAAGGUUUUGGGACUAUAGUGCAAUUAUACAAUGCAACACUGGAAAUUUUCAGCUAAUGACCUAAGUUUUUAUUUUAGUGUUCAUUUGAUUUCAAAAAUUCAAAUAGGGCUGAGGCAAAUGAAGUGCAUAUCCAUCCAAAUGUCUGCCAGAUUUCAUAUCCUUACUUUAAUACUUACUUUAAUACUUCAAGUACAACUUUUCAGGAAUUGAAUAAUUUUAUUUCUCUCAAUUUUAUAUGUAAUAUGAAUGUAUUAUGUCUGUUAGGCCAAAUUAAUGGAUUCAUAAUCCAAUUAACCAAAUUGUACCUCAAAUCUAAUGAGGUCAGGAUAUUUGGUGUUGAUUGAGUUAUGCUUCAUGUAAGUGUAUGGUCAUUUGUUAUAGUAGAAUGUUAGAAAUGCUGAUAAUGAAAAAUGAUUUAGAUUUUUUUGGGGGGGGGAAAUAGAAGGAAAAUUUCAAUUUGUUGAGAAGGAAAAGAAGAUGGUGACCACACUAAGGUCAGUGAUCAAAACUAAUUUCUCAGAUUGAUACAAAUAAUAUAUUGAUCAAUGGUCAUUUCAGUUGGAGGAUAGCAUUCUGAUGUUGCCCUUGGAUAAGAAUUGACUUUUUUUUAAAAAAAGCAGGUUUUUUUCUUCUGUGAAAUCUAAUGGAAAUGCACUUUAAAUUCAAAUUAUUGCCUUCCAAAUUGCACAGUUACGUUUGUUAUUGUAGUACAAAUUUCUUUUCUCAAUAUUUCAAAUAUUUUUCUUCCAAUUCAUUCAUUAUCUGUUGCAACAGUAAUGUAGUUUAUUUUGGAAAUUCAUUUGUAAAACUAAGUUGUAGAUACAUUUCUGUAUAAAGAGGAGUUUUUAAAGUUUUAAUCUAUUAUAUGUAUAUAUGGCAGUAUGGAUGAAUAAAUUACUUUUUGUGUCUUAUUUUGCUGCUAUGUUAGAUUAUUAGAUGAUUAACCUCAUAAUUUUAAGGGGAAGUAAAUUCUACAAAAUUUAUUUGGCUUGUCUGUAACGUGUGUAUUGAUCUGUUGUUUUGGAAACAGAACAUAUUCCUUCAAAGCACGAAUCCUUAAAAUCAUAGAAAAGUACAGGCCAUUCAGUCCAAUUAGUCCAUGCCAAACUGUUUAAACUGCCUUCUCCCAUUCACCCGCACUGGGACCACAAGCCUCCAUUGUUUGUAUUUAUUUGACAUCUAUCCUAUAAUAUUACAAUGAAAGGAGAAUCAAUAAAUUAAGUAGCAAUUCCAAUUUAAAUUAAUUAAUUAAUUUUACCCAAGGGGAAGAGCAAAGGAAAUUUGUUUUCCAGGCUUCAAUGACCUGUUGUGCUUUGCAGACAAUGAUUACCAUUAGAAUUGUAAUCACUGUGUUAAGGUAGAGAAAGCAGUUGUUAAUGUGUGCACAGCAAGAUCCCACAGACCAACAAAUAGAUUAAAUGUUUGUAGAAUAUAGCUCCUGGCUCUGUCCCUGUGAUUUUAUUUUGAGUAAAGCUGGGAGUGUUUUUAUGACUGCCCAAGAGAGCUGUUUAAUGUUCUAUCCAAAAUCUUUGGCAAUGUAUUCUCUGAUUUUGGGAAGAAAAAUUGCCAUUGUAGCAAACAGAAAUGGAAGUUUGUGUUUGCUAUCUCUUUCUGAAAAGAAGUUGGUGUUAUUUAGAGCAGUUGGGUAAUUGAAUUUUAGACAUUCAGAUAGCUGUGUGCAAGAGAAACUAGUGUGCUAGACCAGUAUAUAGGAAUAAAAAGCUUUGAAAACGAUCCUUGGGGGCAGUAAGGGUGGCGGAAGUGUAUUGGAGAUGAAAUUCUGUUUAAAGAUUCUAUUUAGAAAGAAUAUCAGCUUAACUAUACAGUACCAGAUGAAUUUUGCAAGUGAGUGAUUAUCUCAUGCAAACACUGAAUUGUGAAUGUAUUACUUCAUUGUUUUAGACAUAGUAAAAUUCCUAUGGUUUUACAAAUACUCCAGGGUUUUUUUUUGUUUUCCCUUAGAAUGUGAGGUAUAAAUGACCAAAUUUAUUACAUAUAUUUGAAAUAGGAACUUCAUGCCAUAAACAUUCUCUUAAACAUCCAUGAUUAUUUUUCUUAUUUUAAGUAAAUUGGUAUUUCCCUUGCUCUUCCUCUCAGCCUCUAACCCUGCUGCAGCAUGAUACUAAAUGUAAUCAUCUGAAAGUAAUUCCUUGUAAACUGAGUUUUUUAAAUGCUUAUUUUCCUUCCUUUAGUAAAGAGCUGUUUUAAACCCCAUUUACCUCUUUAGGCAUUUGUGAUGAAAGUUAGAGGUGGGGGGAAAGGAAUGAUUUAACGUGGUUUAAGAGCAUCGGUCUCUUGCUUAAAUAAAAGACCGCCAUCAGUCUCUCAUUUCUUCAUUGCUGUCCAUCUGUAGGGCUUAAGUCAGGACAGGAUGGUGUACUGAACGUGGGUGCCUCUGUUUGUUGAUGGUGCAUUCUGCAUUACAAUCUUUAUAUCUUGAGGACAGGAAGUUUUUUGAUAUUAGUGCUUAGGCCCAGGUGAGAAGAAGAUACCUGUUUUGAGGAACAGAUGGGUAAGUUGGGCCUUUACUCAUUGGCAUUCAGAAGAAUAAGAACUGAUCUGCUUGAAACAGAAGAUUCUAAGAUCUUACGCCUUGGAGGAAAAUCCAGAUUUGUGGAGGAAUUUUUUAGUAAGGGGCCAAGCAGUUCAAUGGAUAAGGAAGAGCUUGUUUUAUCAAAAAGUCAUGGCCAUUUUGAAUUCUGCACCUUGGAGAGCUUUGCAAGACUAACAUUUAGUAUAUUAAAAUCUAAAAUAAACUUUUGAUCUAUAGCAGGGUUAAGGGAGACAGACAGUAAAGUGGAGUGGUAACCAUGAUCCUACUGAAUGGUGGAGUAGGCUCAAUAAGCCCUAUGGCCAAUUCUUUGUUUCCUAUGUCGUAGUACAUCCUUAUGGGUUCACAAAACAAAGACAAGACCUUAUGGCGUACAGUACUAGUCUUAGGCACCCUAGAUUUUUAUGGUUUCAGAUGGUAUGCCCUCUUCAAAGCCCUGAUCUAAACAUCAAGGAGACUGUCUGGGAUUACCUGGAAAGACAGAAGCAAGCGACACAGCCAAGGUCUGCAGAAGAACUAUGACAAGUUAUCUAAGAUGCUUGGAACAACCUACCAGUCAUUUUCUUAUAGAACUGCAUGAUUAUACCUAAGAGAACUGAUUAGGUUUUAAAGGCAAAGUGUGGUCACACCAAAUAUUGAUUUGAUUUAGUUUGUUUACUGCUUUUUAUAGUUUUUUGAUAUUUAGAAACCUUGCAUUUCAUUAUUUUUAAAGCAUUGUUAUGAGUGAUGAACAGACCUGAUGGACAAUGGGGUGCAGAGUUAACCCCUUGAGAACCACAAACUAUUACUGUUGCUAUACUGCUCAUGAGAGAGAGAGAGAGAGAGAUGAAACACGGGCAAGAACAUCUGCUACAGAUAAGAGGGGGAAAGAGACUGUUGAUUUACUGUAUUAUGACUCUUCCUGGAUUAUUCACCUUCCGCUACAAGGACUUUACUUUGCUUGUUAACAUUCCUCAGGAGAUAGCAGGAGUGGCCUGAUUUGAUGGACACGGUCAUUCAGAGUUGAUGGAUGGCUGAGACCCCGUGAGUGGGGAUAAAAGACAGGUCUGGAGAGACACCCUUCAGACACACCAGUGAACACUGACUGUAUGUUGGGAACCCACAGAAAGGUGGGGGCUUCGGAGACAGAACCAAGAGAUCAGUCAGUAAAGCUCACAGUAUUACAGCAGGGCCGGUGGGGACUUGUGUGUGUGUUUGUCCACUCAUGCCAGAGUGAUGAGUCCACCACAGAAGAACGGUCUAUCUGAAGACCAGAGGGGUCAUAACUGAAUGACACAACGAUACGACGGAUUAAGAAAGCCACAAAAGGUUUGCCUGCCGCAGCUGUUGCUGUUACAUAUCGCUCGCUCUCGCUCUCGCUCUCAACAAUUUCAAUACAACCAUAACUACCUCAGCAUUUAUGAACUGAACUCUAUACUUUCCUAUGACAAUUCAUUUACCCCUAGACAUCAAUAGAGCUUGUUUAUUAUUGAUUAUUAUUAUUCCUACACUUUUAGAUUUAUUACUGCUAACUUGUUUUAUAUGUAUAUUU